CUUUCGUCCUCUUUCUUUCUCUCAAUCCGAAAAGUGAGUUCGUGAGCCAAAGAGGCGGCCAAAGGUGCUGGAGAGUGAAGAAAAACUACUGCCCACUGACGCUCCUCCUGAUGGGGAAAAAGUCUUGACCAUCUUGAAAUUUCUCGAAAAUUAAGAAAUCACUCAUCAUCAUGGAAGCCCAAGGGGUUAGAAGUGAGUCUUCGGCAUCCAUGUCCUUUGACGGGGCCCUCAAGCAUCUUUUUGGCUUGGAAAAGAAACUUCGGGUGGAAAUGCUGGAGAACAUCAGAGAUCUCAAGCUUCAAAUGACCUCCAAUAGAAUCGAUCUUGUGGCAAAAAAGGCCACGAAACUCUUUGAAAUCCGGCACCAGCUCUUCUCCAGCAAAGUAUUAUAUCGCCAAGAAAAGGACAUCAUGGAUGAGUUCGAGAAACUAAAAGUCAUCCUGGAGUCAGUUCCCAAUGCCGAGGACAACGGGUGGAACCGAGCCAAAUCCGAUUGCUUCGUCCUUGGGGCUCAAUUGAACGAAGUGCGGAAACGCCAAUCCACUCUGUCAACCAAGGUCCAAGAAUUGGAAACGAAUGUGGAAGAACUACUCUCCGUUCCCUUGGAUGAUUUGGAUAGUUAUGACAUAGAGUCACUCAAACGCGAGGAAAUUCAAUACGAAAAAAUGGUCCCAACCCUGUCCAGUUAUUCUAUGGGAAACACCGCCGCUUCCAAUGGCUCCAAUUUUCCACAGAAAACUCCUGAUCUCGAGACAUUCCAACCAAUAUCAGCUGAAAAAGUGGAACUGGAUACCAUGGCACAACCUUCGGUGGAGGCUCCAAAAAGUGCGGGUCUAGAAUCUCACAAGAGCGUUGAAAUCAAUGAUAACCAGAUUCACUUGGAUCAUACGGAAGAACCGUUGUCUCAGAUUAUUGAGCCCUUGGAAGCCUAUGCAGCCAAAGAAAAUACGCGAACAGAAAUUGAUCAAAUGCUUAAGGACUUUGAAGAGCAAGGUGAUUUGAAGCAGGAAAUAUUUGGGAGUUGGCUGGCCGCAAAAGAGUCGGAUCUAAAGAAGGAAACGGGAGCACGUGGUGACGACCCAGUGGUGCUUGAUGCGACUCCACCGGCCAAACCAGCCAAGAAGAAAAAGAAAAAGAUCCCCAAGGCCAACACAGAGCAACAAAAUGAUGAAAGUGAAGACACCAAGGACAAGGAAUUGCCUUCGUUCUACUCCGAGCAGGACAACGAAUGCUGGUCCGAGGCCUCGAAGCAAAUCACAGAGAGGGUCGAAGAAGAGAAGAUCAAGGAACAGACGAAGAAGUUAGAAGAGGAACUCUUAGCUGAAGGAGCCCAAGCUCAAGACACACUUCGUUUGGAAGCGGAGCAAAGGCUUGAAGAAGAGAGACGACUUCAAAACGAAACUCAACUUACCCAAGAAAAGAAAUUGCAUCAAGAGGCCAAAAUUCUUGAGGAUGCGAAGGCAGCAGAGGAAAUGAGAGUCACUGACGGAGAAAAGUUGGCCCAAGAGGCAAAAAUCCUAGAGGGACAUCAACUUCUUGAAGAACAAAGGUUAAAGGAAGAGGCUGAAUUGUUUGAAGCACUAAAGGCUGCUGAAGUCUUGAGAAUCAACGAGCAAGAGUUGCUAGUUCAAGAAGCCAAGGCUCAGGAGGACUUAAGGAUUGCAGAAAAGCAAAGAUUGGAAGAAGAGGCCCAACUUCUAGUGGAACAAAGGGUGAUUGAAGAAGCAAGGAUCCAACAAGAACAAAAAUUGGCUGAAGAGGCUAAACUUCAGGAAGACCUAAGAUUGGCCAAAGAAUCAAGGCUCAAAGAGGAACAAAGAUUGGCAGAACAGGCCAGAAGUUUAGAGGAGCAAAGAUUGGCAGAAGAGGCCAGAAGUUUAGAGGAGCAAAGAUUGGCAGAAGAAUCAAGGCUCAAAGAGGAACAAAGAUUGGCGGAAGAGGCUAAACUUCACGAAGAACAAUUGUUGGCCGAAGAAAUACGGCUCAAAGAGGCGCAAAGGUUGGCCGAAGCCGAGAGAAUCUUGGAAGAGCAAAGACUGGCAGAAGAGGCCAGAAUCUUAGAAGAGCAAAGGUUAGCUGAAGAGGCCAAAUUUCAGGAGGAGCAAAGAUUUGCUGAAGAGGCCAGGCUCAAAGAGGAACAAAGGUUGGCUGAGGAAACCAGAAUCUUAGAGGAGCAAAGGUUGGCUGAAGAAGACAGAAUCGCAGAGGAACAGAAGUUAGCUGAAGAGGCCAGACUUCAAGAGGAACAAAGAUUGAUUGAAGAGGCUAGGCUAAAAGAGGAACAAAGGUUGGUUGAAGAGGCCAGAAGCUUAGAGGAACAAAGAUUGGCUGAAGAAACCAGAAUAUUAGAGGAGCAAAGGCUGGCUGACGAAGCCAGAAUCGCAGAGGAACAGAAGAUUGCUGAAAGGGCCAGUCUACGGGAGAAACAAAGAUUGGCAGAAGAAUCCAAGUUCAAAGAAGAACUAAAGUUGGCCGAAGAAACAAGGCUCAAAGAGGAACAAAGUUUGGCUGAAGAAGCCAGAAUCCUUGAGGAGCAAAGGCUGGCUGAAGAAAUGCGACUUCGAACAGAGCAGAUUUUAGCUGAAGAAGCCAAACUUAAAGAGGAACAAAUACUGGUGGAAGAAAUGAAACUUCAGGAGGAACAAGGGCUUGCUGAAAAGGCCAAGAUUGAGGGUGAAUUACAAUUUGCCGAAGAGCUGAGAACCAAACAAAAUCAAAUAUUGUCCGAAGACUCCAAGGCUCAAGAACCUGACAUAUUUGAAGAUGAACCAAGAUUGUUUAUGGAUGUCCCUCCUAAAAAGACAGAGGCCCUAGCAGAAGAAACUCGCAAGGAGCUUGAUAAAUCCCACAAUCACGAAGAGAAGGACGUGAAUGUCCUCAAAGGCAACGCUUUGGAUGGGGGUCAAAGAGCUGAGGAGCAAGAAUGUGAGGAAUUGGUUAAAAGUGACGAGUCACAACAUGGCAUGCAGAAACUGUUGAGAGAUUCCAAACAUCCUGAUAGUCCUCAGUAUAAAGAAGACCCAAUGACCAAAGAACAAAUCAUCGCUGAAGAGGCUACAUUAGAAAGUAAUGACCAAAUUGCCCAGCAAAAAAGUUUGGCAGGAGAAGCCCCGUCAAAUGACAAAACGAAGUCACUGAAAAAUGCCAAACUGUCUGACAAAAACAAUGCCAAUGGUCAACAAUCCGUCCAAGAGGAAAGUACCAGUUAUCUUGAUACCUCAAACUUGUCAGUACAAGAUAGCCAAAGUUCGGUAGCCAACAGCCAAAUGGAGGCUCAAAAUCGUGCGAGCAAUGAAAACCAGCUACAGAGUCUCCCUGAAGUUCAACUCUCUGGCUUAGAUCCACAGGAUACUCAAAAACCUGAUCAAAAUCCUCCAAAACGCAAAAAGAAGGUCGUGAAGCCCCCGGAGCAAGACCAAAGUUCAAGUGUCAAUGUUCAAAAUUUAAAUUCUACAUUUGAUGAGGAAGAAUCAGGAGAUGGAGUAGAUGGUGUGGCAGAACAUCCUUUCAGACCAGAAAAGAAGACCAAAGGGCCCAAGGGUUCAAAUGAUCCUUCUAAGAACAUUACCAAUCAUUCUCAAUCAGCUGAGGAGCCCCCAAGUGAAAUCUCGAAACAUGAGUCCCAGUUUGAGGAUAAAAAUGGCAAUUCAACUAUGUCCAAGCCGUUGAGUGAGCAAUUUUCCUCAGAUAAAGCAACGUUGCAAACUCAAAAUCAAGACAUUAGUAAAGGCUUCGAUGAUGAUCACGAUCCUCAUUCAAGUGCCAAGUACCCUUCAAAAGAGAAUAUUUUCGCAGUAAUGGGAGAAGCUGAACCACAAGGCACUCAAAGUCCAUCGGUUCCAAAGAAAAUGAAGAAGAAGAAGAAGGCUCCAACACCUGAAUUUGCACAUGAUCCUAAUGAAAUUCAAUAAUCAGAUCAAGCACAAACGACUCAAAGCAACACAGGCGACGAUUCCCAUCUGCCAUUAAAGCCCGAGAAAAAGAAGCGUGGAAAUAAAGAAAUUGUUCAGCAUGACUCUGUUCCCAACGAAGAUCAAUUGUUAGAACAACCAGACGAGCCCAAAAGGAGUCGCAGCGAAUUGCGCGAACUCUCGGCCAUCAAUGAAGAUGAAGCUAGACUCUUGCAAGACCUCGAAGAGCAAAAUCUGGAGCGUAUAGAGGCUGAAUUUGUGGCUCACAAAAUGGUCAUGGAACAAGAGGCUCAAAUGGAACAAGACGCCCUUAAUCAGGGUGAGACGAAAUGUUCAGGAGCGACGAAUGCUCCAAGCAAGCAAAAUGCAGUUUCAACGGAGAAAGAUGGUCCCGAAGGUCCUAAAACAGGUAUGGCAAAGGAUGUGGUCAUGGAUGUGAAUGAGAAAUUGCCAAUGUUUCAUACGACUGAUGAUUCCCAAUCCUCACAAAACCCCUUAUCCAAACCUGAAGUUGACACCAGGUCCACAUAUCUUGAAGGAGUUCAUGAAGAAGAUAGCAACAACAAAAAUGUUUCAGGCAUCAAAACGAACAAAACCGGGAAGAAAUUGCAAGAUAAGAAUAAAGCCAAUGAUGAUGUCAAUAAAACCAAGACGGAGCUAGAUUUAGAACCGAUGAUGUUGCCAACAAAUCAAAUGUCUCCUGAAAUUUCAGAGUCUGUCUCUACAGCCGACGGUGACAAAGGUUCAAAGCAACCAUUGGAUCCACCAUCUUCAAGUCAUCCCUCGCAUUCAAAACAACGAUCAUCUGGAACUGUCACGUGGAAAGUGGACGAAAAAGAAGAAUCACGAGUUGAAGAGCACCAUUACAGCAAAAUAAAGAAGAACAAGGGCAAGAAAUCCCCAUCUGACAAGGCCCUCAAGGCCGACAAGGCCGACAAGGCUGACAAGGCCGACAAGGCUGAUGAGUCCCGUACAUUUCUAAAUCAAGGCUUGCUCGUGACUGAAUUUCCGGUUUUGUCGCAACCAGGUCAAGAAGUCCAGGAAGAGGAUAUUUACUCCAAGCCUAUCAAGCCCAAGAAGAAGCCUCCAACAGUUAAUGCUCCUAAUGAUGUGCCAAAGAGGGCCAGGUCCAUUGAAUCCUCUCCAGAACCACACUAUAUUGUGCCAACCAAAGGGUCCAAGAGUAAAGUGACCAUUCAAGAAAUUCAAAGGGCCAAGGCGAGAGUAGCCGAGUCUCAAACAUCAUUGGAUAAGGCUGCAACUGCAACUAAAAUCGAUGGGAAGAAGGCCAAACCUGGCCUCAAAUCAAUUAUCGACUUGGAAAUUCCAGAGGCUGAAUCGGACCCGGCUAGGACAGACCAAGCCAAUGGUGCCAAACACGUGCGGGACAAGAACAAGACCGACAAGGUAAGUUCUGAUGACGAGGAGGCUCAUCAUGAUGAUGACAAUGAUAUGAGCAAAGACACAUUCAACACAAUCACCCAAGCACAAAAACCAGAUAACCUUGGAAGCAACCUUGUCGUGGCCAAGGACACAGAUAAUCUUUACUCGAGUGAUUUUGACUAUACUGAUCUGGACACAGUUGAACAACCACAACCACUAUCUGGGGCCGCUCCAUUACAAGCUAACCAUUUGGAAGAAGAAGACGAAGACCCAAUAACUCGCAAGACAUCAAAAGCAAAAAAGCUCUCUAACACAUUCAAGAGUCUUAUUAAGAGAGAUAAACCCGAAGAAGAUGUGUUGACUCAGGAGAAAUCCAAGGCCAAGCGGUCCUUGCUCAAUUUUAUGAAGAGGGAGAAAGACACUGCUGUUGAGCACAACGACAACGUGGACAGGGAUAGGAUUGACGAAGAAAAUUUAUCGAUUGGCGUAGGGGAGAAAGAAGAGGCUACUUUCAAUAAGGAGGAUCAAGCGAAUGAAGACAAAAUUGAAGACAAAAUAAAAGCCAAAGAAAAAAAGAGCUUCAAGGCGCUUUUUCAACGGGAUAAGAGUUCAAUGAGAGAAAAUGAAGACAAAUCUGGAAACGGCCCUGACCGCGAGAGUGCUCAACCCAAACCAAAACGUAGCUUGAAAAAAUUGAUCAGUCGAGAUUCUAGUUUGAGCAAGGAGCAAAGCAAUCCCGAAGAAGCCUUACAAAGCACCACCCACGAACCAAAGGCAAACCAGGCGUUCAAGAAUUUUAUUAAACGAGAUUCAAGCACAAGGAGAGGUGAAGAAAAUCUGAAAGAAGAACCAAGAGAGCUGAAAGGACUGAACAGUUUAGCCACUAGAUUUUCUAGACCUGCCAAUGGGGAGCAAGAUUUCGAUCCCCUGGAAGAAAACAGCAAAAUCAAAGACGGAACUAUAUCUAUCGAAACUAACGUGAACAGAGACCCGGACAUUUCACUCACUCAACUUGGAAAUGAGGAAGAAAACGAACAAGUCCAAACCAUUGAGGAACUCCACGAGGAAAGUAAUCGAAUAGAACAAACUCGCGACCACGACGUUGAUCUCAGCGAGAUUCCCUUUGCUCCAGAAUAUCUCGAGCACGUUUCGGAAGAUAUAGAAGAAGAUGCAAAUACAAGAUUAACAAUGCAACAGGAAUCGCUUCCACUGGCUCCCAAGCCAAUGAGUAGGAAAAAUAAACCCUCUGAAGUUAAGUUUAGCAACGAUAUUGCCAUUGUAAUUGAAAAUGUGGACAAACUUGAUCAACAACCGCACAAGCCCACAAAAGAAAAAAGUCUUUUCCAAGCCUUCAUGAAGCCAAAAGAAACGAAGACCAAUGAUGAAUCUCCUCUGCCACCUGGAUUGGGCAAGCUUAUGACUGGCAAGCAGGCUUUGCUUAAACACCCUUCCCCCAAACAACGUGUCAUGUCCUUGGAUCGGAAGGGAAGAUCUGGUAAGACAUCAGGAUCCAAAGUCAUUCCACCGACCCCUGAUGAGGAAACCCCACAUUCCAUUGAAAACAUUCCAGUCCCUCCACAGAAACGUGCUAGAUCACUAGACAGACGGGCCCUAAAACAGCAACCCAACGAAGGGGACACCUUAGUAGCAAACCCUGUGGGUGACAUUCCACACAUCGCUCAAAAAAACCCUGGAAGCGGGACCCUUAAUAAUGCUACAAGUCAUUCAUUUAAGAACCCUGGACAAACUGAGGAUUCUGCAACUAACACCUUUGGUAAGGAGAAAAAGCAAAAGAAGAAAAAGAAGGACAAGGUUCCCGAGGAACUAAGAAAAAUGAACUUUAAAACUGUGGAUGAACUCAAGCUACCUAAACCACCGGUCCCUAAAAGAGGGAACAAGUUGAAACGAUCCAGUUCGUUGGAUAAUGUGAGAAGAACCAGUUUGCUUCUUCAAGUGCCGGGAUUCAAUACUCUUCCUAAGCAGCGAAGUCGCUCCGCAGAUACCCGAAUGCUGGAACGAGAAAUUAAUGCCGGCGUCUCUUUUCAAGCUAUAGCACCUUUAGUGCAAGAGAUUGCUGAGGAAAGGAACCUAAGACUUAAAGAGGUCACUUUGGAAAGGUUUGAUACCACUCUACCCAUAUUUAGUGUGGACAUGCCAGAUAUGAACUCGAAAGCCAGGCAGAGAAACGAGCGUCUCAAGGUUGUUCAACAGCCAUAUACCGCCACUCUUCAGCCACCCAAGCCUGAGCGCCGAAGGUCGAAAUCCACGGAAAUCGCCACCUUACCCAGAGAGGGCAUUGUGGAGGUGCCAGUGAAACCCAAAAGGAGCCGAAGCAAAGAUGCCUCCCUUCAGCGAUUGAAACAAAAGACACCAUAUUCUGUCACUGAGUUGCAGAAGCUCCAGGAGAGAAAGAAGCAGCUGACCCUGGAUUUUGUAGAUCUUCAAGUCAAAACGGGAGAAGUGAGGGAAAAGCUGAAAACACCGUUUGAGAAGGAUGUCGUCCUCGCCGCCAUUGCCGACACCUCGCUAUUAGCUGGGAGAAGAGGUAGGGGAUUGACAAGGAAAGACGAUGAGGUCAGAAGACAAGAAGCUAUUGAGCAGGAUCGUCCAGUUGUGCCCAAAGUAGCAGCUGGAGCGAGACAGGAACAGACAUGGGAUCAGCUGGAUUUUUAUGGGACGGCAAGAGGAAAACAAUUCGGCACAAUGGAUUCAAGAAUAUCGGAAUACAAAAAUAAAUACUAUUUCUCAAGUGAUGAUGAGGAUGAAUCCUUUGAAGAGCCUAUCGAUUCUUCACUAGACCAGGACGUGACCCUCGACUCCAUGGGUAGACCUAAGAAGGUCUCCUUUGCCUCUCUGGAGAGACAAUGGAAGCUAAAACUACCACAUAAAAUUCCCAAUGAGGAUAAAUCAUGGCCAGCUUUACCCCAAGGCUUUCCUGAGCGUCCUUAUCACGAGGUACCUCGGGCCAGUCCGGGCUUAUUGCAUGCUAGGAUGGAGGAAAAUGAGCCGCUUCGUAAUAAGGCUUCUCCUAAUUUGAAUUUCAUAAUGCAGCAACAAGUGUCCAGGGAACCGAUGUCAAAUGAAAACGGCAACCAAGAUACAUCACCACGGGCUUUUUUGGAUGCUAUGACUGGUGGAAGAAUUUCAGGUCCCACUGGAACUUCACUCUCAAGGGAACCUUCUGUUCCAAAAGACGAUGGAGGAGGCCUCUUUGGUUCGUUGAUGAAGAAGGGAAAAGGGCUCUCGUCCAAGAAAACGUCUAGAGCCUCUUCGAGGACUAAUAGUACGGAGAGGGGAUCCGUUUUGAAACGUGUUUUUCAUAAGGCCUCAUCUGCCGAACCCAUUAGUAAAAAAUCCGAAGCAUUGGGCAACAAAGCCACGCGAAAGAUAACCCUUCCGUUGCCCAAUAAAAUGACCGAGGCUGCUAGCGUUGGAAAUUUUGCCACCCUACCCUCUCCUGAUCCAGAGGUACCUAAUCUCUCUGACACGCCAAUGAGCAAGAAGAAUAAGAAAUCGAGUACCUCAAAGAUUGAGGCUGUAGAUUUUGAUAAGCUCUUUGAGCGAGGCCAUGCCCAAAGCUCUUUGGGUGGGCUCAAUCUGGUCGAUAGCAGACUUUUAGGCCCUGACGGGGUACCUAAGCACAAUCAACCUAAUUCAAGUUUAAGUUAUGAGGAAAAGGUCCAAUCUUUCCUGGAUGAGCAAACCAUUGGAGGCUCAAGCCAAAUCCCUACUGUGGACAAGAAUGAGCUCCGAAGCCAUUACAGCACUCGAAUAGAUCCAUCGCCAAAUCGGUCUCGAAACACGAGUAAGGCCGACAUCAAAUCCAAACCCAAGUUCAAGAUUCGCUCCAGAGAUUCCUCCUUAUCCUCAAGACCCGGCCAUUCUCGACCUGUCAGUCCUUUGGAUUUUUUGAAAAAGCUGGAGGGGCUUGCCAAGGAUGUUGAAGUUGAGCGAGAAUACGAGGAGAAUGUAUGGCCUGCCGUGAAUCCAAACCUUCCUGGCGUGUUCGAUACAAGGCCACCGAGUCAGCGAGAUAAUCGGAAAGAUGGAACUUACACCGAACCUACCCAAGCUCACCUGGAUGCCUUUAAUUCCAUGAACUUGUCCCCAAGAGGUCAAGUGCCAAACCAAACGGAGAGAAAGCUCUCGAAUGUGACAAGCUCUCCAGAACAAGUAUUAUCAUCCUUGAUCAUCCAGCCACCUUUGGCCCAAACCAAUCUUCCUCCACCACUCAGUCCGAGCCUCCGAAAUAAUCCAAAUCAACCUUCCAAUAAUUUCUAUCCCAAUACCAAUCAAUUUGCGCUUGAUGUUUGUGCCCCAUCAAAUUCAAAUCAAGACUCUCUAGAUCCGAAUUCAUCUUGGGCUUGGGCAGGCAAUGAUCAGGGACCACCUGUUCCACCCAAUCGAAGGCCAAGCUCGCCUUGGGCGUUGAAUGCCUCCAAUCAACAACAACCAAUGGCACAACCGAGAAGAAAAUCAAUUGGUGCUCAAUUGACCGCACGGGACCCCUCUGGGAUGGGCCAAUUCCUCUCAGCCCAAGAUGCGUCCCAUGGACAAAGUCGAAGUGCUUCUCAUUCUCCCAACAUAUUUGGAUCGGACAACGCUGGUUCACAUAUCCCUUUGAAUGUCCCUGCCGACCGUCACUUACCGGCCAGACUUCUACCUGACCCCUUGAGCAAGGAUAUGAGCAACCACCCCGGAAUGAAUCCUCACGACCCGUCUAAAAAUGUGGAAAACACAGAGCUGUACAAAAGGCUUCAUGAUGGACUUCAAACUGUCGAAAAUCUAAUCUUAUCCAGUCCAUUCCAUCAAGAGCAACAGAUCACGCAGCGCGCUAAGGAACAGUUGCAGGGUGCUGACCAAAGUGGUCAAAGUGGUCCUCAACCCAUGUCCAGUCAAGUGUACAGUCAAAACUUGGGCAGGGCCGAAUUUGGAACCCUCCGCAAAAGGGAUCAAACUCAGAGGGCCCCCGGUGGUGCUAGUGCGGUACCAUCUCGCGAUCCAAGUGGUGAACGACCAAGAUCCCGGGCAACUUCAGGCACGUUCGCUCAAAGCAGACCCAGCGCACUGAUGUCGCGACAAAACUCUCAAGAUAGCAACCUCUCUCAUUUGAGUGAUAGCCACUAUCCAGAUCUUGAAUUCAACACUAAUUCUCGUCCUGGUUCGUCAAUGGGCACCAAACCCAAUCAUGGGGUUCUUCAUAAUAACGCACCCUCAAGCGGAGAAUCUAGCCGCUCGAACUGGGCCACCCAACGAUCGGGUUCAUCUUUGAAUCCAACUCCUAUGGUACUGGAGAAAAAGAAGGCCAUAUUGGAACGGAUCGAGAAGGAGAAGCAAUUAGUGAAAGAGGCCAAGAGUCAAAUGCUUAUUCUGCUCUUGCUUGGGUUGUGCAUCUGCAUCCUAAUUUAUCUGCAAAGUGAGGAGACAUAAAAUGAGGAAACAUUCCAUCACCUCUCCCAUGUCCCAGGGGUUCUUCCGAUUCGCUCAACUGCUUAGCCUCAAAACAUGGCUAUUUUAUGACCAAACAUGCUUCCCUUUUGUUUUGAAGAAGAAUAAAUGUUAUAUUCAUUGUUCAA